AUGGCAAGCGGUAGUCAUGCAAUCAUUAUCGUGACCGCCGUAUUUCUGGCCUUGUCACUCUUCGCCGUGUGCCUCCGGUGUUUUGUGCGUUUGUACGUGGUCAAGUCCUUUGGCCGCGACGAUGGCCUGAUGGUGGUGGCUGCGGUUUCCAACAUCGUCUUUGCUGCGUUUGGUAUUUUCGGUGCUGUACACGGCAUGGGCAAGACGCAGAGUUAUCUGUUGCAGCAUCCAGACGAUGUCCGUCUGGGCUUACUGGGAUGGCUACUAGGCCAAAUAUUCUAUGUAAUCACCUGCACCCUCGCCCGUCUGUCCAUCGCAAUCACACUUCUCCGAAUUACCGUUAAGCGCGUCCACAAGCUUAUUCUAUACGCCGUUAUUGUUCUCUCAACCGCUGUCGGGAUCGUAUUUCUCUUUUUCACCAUUUUCCAGUGUAGUCCAGUGGACUACUACUGGAACCGGCGUACCAUGCCACACGGCCACUGUAUGAAUAUGAAUUCGCUGCUUGGGGUGGUCUACAUGUACAGCGGAGUGGCAGCCGCUUGUGAUUUCACCAUGGGAAUCUUACCGGUAUUCAUUAUUUGGAAUCUACAGAUGAGUCGACGCAUCAAAGUGGCCAUUUCCGGAAUCCUAGGCAUUGCGUGUGUCGCAAGCACGGCCGUCAUCGUCCGCAUCCCAUUUUUACACUAUGCCGCCAGCCCCGAUUUUCUGCAUACAACAACUCAGGUAUCAAUCUGGUCCAAUAUCGAGGCAAGUCUCGGCAUUAUCGCGGGGAGUCUCAUUGUGAUGCGGCCCCUUUUUCGAGUCUUCGCAUCUAAUACCGCCUCUUCACGGACUCGACCAAAUUCCUACACAAUCUUGAGGAGUAAUCGACCGCACAUUGAACUUGGGGCGUAUAAUAUCGACACUGGCAAUAAUAAUAACUUGCAUUGUGCUGCGAGCCGAUCCCAAACGAGCUUCUGCAGGGAUUCUGCAAUGCAACAAGUUCAAAUGGCUGUUGUAAGAUAA